AUGCCCGAACUAUACGAUCACGAUGGCAAGCCCGUAAAGCACCAUAUGGCACGGGUAAACGGGAUUCGGAUACACUACAUCACAUCUGGAUCCGGGCCGCCGUUACUCCUGCUCCACGGCACGCCCAAGACGCACUACUACUGGUAUCGGAUCCUGCCACUGCUAACACCUCACUUUACGAUUGUCGCGCCGGACCUGCGGGGCUUCGGCGCGACAGACAAGCCGCCGGCGAGCGAAGGCUACGAUGGGCGGACAAACGCCAAAGACAUGAUUGGCAUCAUGGACGGGCUGGAAUUCCAGACGUUUGCCGUGCACGGCGAGGACCGCGGCGCUACGUACGCCUUUUGUCUCGCAGGCCUGUAUCCCACGCGCGUGACGCACCUGUCGUUUUGCGAGAUGCUCUUGUCGUCGGCACUAACGCAGGCGUCGUUCUUCACGCGCGACAACAUUGCUGCGCAGUACAAUCAGACGGGCGUGUGGAACUGGCAUAUCCCCUUUUUCUGGCUCCCGCACGUGCCCGAGAUGCUGAUUCAGGGCAAGGAAGAAGAGUUUUGGACCCAUUUUAUGAGGAGUGAGUGUUGUAAUCCUUGUGCGUUGGACCAAGCGGCUGUGGAUGAGUGGGUGAGGUGUGCGAAGGCGCCUGGGGGGACGAGGGGGAUACUGGAGAGUUAUCGGAGUCAUUGGAUGAAUCUGGAGAUUGAAGAGGAGAUUUUGAGUAAGGGGAAGUUGAAGUGUAAGGUUAUGACUGUUGGGGCGCUUGAAUUUUUUGGGCCGCGUGUGGAACAGCAGAUGAAGUCUGUGGCGGAGAAGGGCGAGAUUGCUGAGAUUUUUGAGUGUGGGCAUUCGUUGGCGAUUGAGCAGCCUGAGCGAUUGGCGAAUCUUUUGAUCAGGCUUGUUCAUUGAUGUUGGACAGGCUGCAAAGAAGAUGGGUGGUAAUGCUCACUCGAUUAAAGAGUCAGUGUGUGAGUCAAGUUCAAAUUUCAGCGUUAUGAAUAAGUGGUAGAGGAAGAUAUCAGCAGAGGCACAAGGCUCCAAUGUUGGCCGACUCUUGACAAGCCUUGUUUUUCAUAUAGCUCUAGUUGAAGGAAGGGUACAUUGGUGGGUAGAAGCCCCACUUGCCAUGCCACUGACGUCAAGUAAAGAGUCAUGUCUGUUGGUCACUGGAAAGAAAUAUGGAUAUGUGUGUGUGAAACGAGAGUCCAAGAAGAGUAUCUGACCUGCUU